AUGGUUCACGUCGACGAGCUCCGCAAAACGGCCUUUGACGCUGAGAAGGAUUUGAAUUCCUACCAGGCUAAGCAGGGCCUUGGGCGCAAGAGCGACUCAACACUCGAGUCCGGUGUUGAUGAGAUGGUCGACCAGCGAUUCGCUCAGUCUGGCGGCGUCAAGUACGGUCCAGGCUCAACGGCCUCUGGCAGUGACCACCGCAAGAUCCCCGAGGAUGAGGGUGGUACCCGAGAUGACCGUGGCCGACUUGCAAAGGGAGAGCAAUACCUCGGUGAAGGUGGGCCCGAGACGAACAUCAAGAAGGACUCGGAGUCGCGACCGGGCGAUCAGGAUACCCUCAACCUGCAGGAGAUGAAGCAGCGCGGAAUCGCCGAGUAA